AUGGGAAUUUUAUUAGAUCGAAUAAAUGAUGUUGAUAUGGACGAUCUGGACGCUCGAGCGGAUGAUAAGAAAGCUUUGUUUCCAACUGUGAGUCUUAAUGGAGUGGGAGAGUUGGUGCACGGAGUGUUUGAUUUAAAUUCGUUUUUGUUUGAUUUGUCAAGUUUUGAACAGCAAAUUCAACAAGAACGACAAUGUGCGUUAGAAGUUGAACGUACGAAACGGAAUAAAAAUAUUCCGAUGAGUGUUGUUGAACAGGAACGAUUUCAAGAUGAAGUGAUGAUGGUGGAAUUAGUGCGCGAUUACUUUCUACAUUACGGUUAUGCGACUACAUAUGAGGCGUUUGAAGCGACUCUGAUGCCAAUGAAAAGUCAGCAAACUUCGACGGGCGUGAACGAAAGUGAUAAAGUCUCGUCAAAUACCACAAAACAAAUGGAAUUCAUGGAGGAUGAAAGCAAAAGGAACGACUUGAAUGGAACACCUUCUCAGACGAUCUCAAAGACACAUCAAAUGUUCGUGUCUUUGAAUCUCCGAAACGAAGUGCGUGACUACAUUCGCUCUUUUCGGACAGCACAAGCACUUGUCGUAUUAGAACACAAUAUUCCAACCCUGCUGAAGCAUUGGUCUGAGCACCAAACAAAAUGUCUAAGACGACUCAUGUUGUACUGUCGAAUUCUCUGUAUUAUUGACAUUUUGACUCUUCAAAGCGAAGCAAACACUAGUAAUUCGUCGUCGAAUGGUGCGUCAUUGCUAGCAAUUGAAGAAACAAAGCGCGAUGGAUGGAAUCCAGAUUUAGCGAUUGAAGUUGCUCGUCAAGUUUUCGUAUCAAAUCUGGAGAAUACAAGUGGAAAACGCAAAAGAGAGGCAAAUGAUUGCACGAUGACAAAUGACGAGAAUCGAGAUGAUAUUGAAUUAGUCAUGAGUCUGCUCUUGUACGACCAGCGCGAGAAUGUACCCAAAACAAGUCGUGCACGGCGAUUCUUGACGUUUGAGUUUCGCGAAUCUGUUGCAGAGCAACUCAACUGCUUAUUAUUAGGAUACGAUGAUGCUCCACAGACGAGAUCGCGGGUUUCUUGUCUGGAAACCUUUCUGGCCGAUCUAGAAACCUUGCAGAAAGAAUGUUAA